GUGGCUGUUGAUUACAUGCAGGAAGAGGGGGAACGUGAGGCAGAGAGAGAAACAGACAGACAGGAUCAGAGUGCUGAAGGAAUUAGUGGGAAUUUCAAGGUUCAGCAGUCUCCCUCUUCAGGCAGUGUAACCAGUUCCAACAUGAAUAAUAAUCAGCCGAAUGCCCCCGUCUAUGACAACGUAGGGUUUCAGCAUGAGGAAGCGAGACCCCCACAGCCGGCUAUAUACCCUCACCUCCCACAACCCCCCAGCUAUGUUGCCGUCACUCCUAAAGUUGACACCUACCACACUACAGCACCUGGAACCCCACAUGACACACCACAAAGGAAAGGAAAGAAGAAAUGUCAGUUGAAAUAUAUACUGUGUGGCUCCAUGUGUGCACUCCUUGUCCUGGCGGUGGCCGGCCUCCUGCUCUGGUACUUCUUAUACUACCAGUGUUCAUUGGGGAAGUCGUGUAAAAGUGGUGGAAAGUGUUUGAGCUCCUCCCAGUGGUGUGAUGGUGUUAAAGACUGCCCUAAUGGAGAGGAUGAAUCUCACUGCUUUCGCUUCCACGGGACCAACUUCAUACUGCAAAGUUACUCAUCUGCCAGCCAGACGUGGUUGCCGGUUUGUGCUGACAACUGGGACAACAACCAUGGCAGAGCUGUGUGUGAGCAGAUGGGCUACAACAGAAACGAUUACGUGUCCUCCACCCAAACCAGUGCAGGUUCUUUGGCAUCGAGAGGAUACAUGAGGCUGAAGCUUGAUAUUAACCAUGGGUCAAGUCUACAGUCUCAUCUUGUACACAGCGAGAGUUGCUCAGCUAACGCAGUCAAGCUUCACUGUAUUGAAUGUGGAGUGAGUGCAGCUUCCCCCAGUUCUCGUAUUGUGGGGGGUACAGAUGCAGUAAAUGGGGCCUGGCCGUGGCAGGUCAGUCUCCAGAUUUCUAAUCAACACGUUUGUGGAGGCUCCAUUAUCAGCCCUCAUUGGAUCCUAUCUGCUGCACACUGCUUCCAACAGUUCUCCAGUCCUGAAUGGUGGAAGGUUUACUCGGGCGACGUGAGCUUGUCUAAGAUGAUUUUUGACACUGGCAACACAGUAAACAAAAUUAUCACUCAUCAACAAUACAACCGAGAAACUAGUGACAAUGACAUCGCUCUCCUAAAGCUCAAUACACCUCUGACAUUUUCAAGGACAGUGAGGCCAGUGUGUCUCCCCAACAUGGAUGUGAACCUCUCUGCUGGACAAAGUGCCUGGAUCACAGGAUGGGGAGCUUUACGCUCAUCUGGACCGUCCCCUGACAGACUGAACCAGGCCCAGGUGACUGUUUACAGCAGAGAGGUCUGUAACGCCCCUAAUGUGUUAGAAGGACAAGUCACUGAGACCAUGAUCUGUGCCGGCAAACUGGAGGGAGGAGUGGACUCAUGUCAGGGUGACAGUGGAGGACCCCUGGUGAUCAAGCAGGGAGGUGUAUGGUGGCUGGCAGGGGACACUAGCUGGGGGAUUGGAUGUGCUUGGAGGAACAAGCCAGGAGUCUAUGGCAAUGUGACCUAUUUUGUCAACUGGGUGUAUGAACAAAUGCAGAAUGAGUGACAGACCUGAAGACAACUCUUUCAUUAAUCAGCAGUACUUUCUUCAUCACACACCUUGCACUUUAAAUCUCAAGCUCUGAGGGAACUUAUUGAUCAGGAAGAUUUUCAUAAACUGAAAACCUAUACUAAUAAAAACCAAUGUGUCAUUUCAUUAUGUUUUAUAUACCUGUUAUUACAGAUACAAUGUUAAAAUGAAUCUAUUUAUUUGUUGUAAUAAAACUAAUUUUGCACAAAGAA